GUCCGAAUGUAAUUUCCAUUCGCGCCUAAAAACAGCCUGCUAGGUUUUUUUCCCAUUCCCGCGUGCCCCUCUCUCUCCCCCUCUCCCUCUCUUUCUCCAUCUUAUGCUAACAGUAAUCUGGAGAGGAUGAGAUGUCUCUCCAUGCGAUGAAGAAAGAACUCAUGCUAACAUCAAUAUGUAGAAGCUCGACCAGCAACUCCAAUCCCUCUCUCAGAGAUCAAAAUCCCCCUCCAAGAACAAAAGGGCUUGCCCCUCCUCCCCUCUCCUUUGGAAAUGGUUUGUUUAUGUUUAAAGUGGCUAGGAGAUGUAUUGGUGUGAAUUUUCUUGGGCUGGAAAUAAAUAAGAAGGUAAAUAUUUCUUUUUUCUUUUUAAUUGGUGAAAGCGACUUCCAUGCUUUAACAAAUUUCGAUCUGGUGCAGCUUGUGAAACGAUGUCUAGAUUUUGUUCAACAACAAGGCUUGAAGAAUGUGGAAGAUUUUAGGCAAGGAAAUUAGGUUGACAUGGGAAGAAGACAAGCUGAUUUGUCUGAGCAAGCUGUAAAUGCAUUUAGAGUCAUGAGAGCUAAUGGUAUAAAUCCCAGUGUUUUAGUCCUUAAUUUGUGGAUUAAUGCAUUUGGUGAGGAUAGACAGGAUGUCGAAGCCUUUGGUGUGUUACAGUAUAUGAAGGACAAUCUAUUGGAUUUGAAGCCAGAUGUUGUGACAUAUACGACCCUUAUGAAAGCUCUAAUCCGCACAGAGAAGUUUGAGAAGGUACUUCUUUCGAGCUCAAUAGUAACAUAUAUAAUCUCAGACAGUUUUCAGAAGAAAGAAUUCCUUUCAAUGGUUGAAUCCUCUGCUCCUCUUCCUAGUAUUGUUGCUUCUAUUAUGUAAUUGGGCAUUCUCAUGUGCAUUGGUGGCUUGGUGUCCAUUUGGUCUGUGGUGCUGCUUAUUUUUGUCAUGACUUGUCUCACUCCUAUAUAAAAAAAAUAAUCACACAAGCAUUUGAUUGCCUCCAUACUAAAGAGAUGGGAUAGUGCCUCCUAUUGGGAUAUCUUGUAUCGUAUAUUGUGAAUUGGAAAAU